AUGGCCAAAUCAGCCCGGGCAUCGGUGGUAAAGCGCAACCAUCGCAACCUGCGUGCCAAAGUGUUCGGUCCUGCGCACGAUGCACGAACCGAGAGACUGUCGGCAAAACUCCAAGAACUGGCAGCAAAACCCCGGCCAGAUGCGGACAAAGCUAUGGACGUCGACGCUUCGGCCGAGCAAGGGACAGAAUCCCAAUCCGCAAAUGAUGGUGCGGAGGAUAUGGAAGUCGAUGCCCAAGGAGCAAAGAUGAAGCCUGUCAAGUCACAAUCACAGUCCGCCCACAAAGAACACCGAGUUACCAAGAAGAAGGAGAGGAACUCUAUGGUUUUCGCAUCUGAAAAAGCAAGGUCGAGGAGGGCUGCGUCGAAGCGGAAGACCAAGAAAUAA